AAAAGCGAGAAAACCUGAAAAAGCAGCCAAACCAGUAAAAGCGGUAAAAGCACCUGAGAACACAUGUUGUUGUCCAGACUCCUCAGAAUCUUCACGGGACCAAGAAACUCCAAAGAAAUUGAAACAAUCACCAGGAGAAUCUGAGAGUCCAUCACCUCGAGUACUAUCGCCAACUUCACAAAAAACACCGAAAGCUGGGGUAGGAAAACCAAAGCAUGAUAAGGGCCAAAUAUCAGGGACACAAACGCCAACUUCAACAAAAGUGAUAAAACCUGGACCAGGGAAAUCAAAAGGUGGAUCACCAGGGACACAAUCGCCAGCUUCAAGAAGAAUGUCGAAAUCCGGAUCAGGAUCAGGAAAAUCAGCGUAUGAUGAGUGUCUACCUUCAGGGACACAAUCGCCAACUGGACGUGACGCCGUAGUCGACAAAAAACCUCCGAAAUCUGGACCAGGAAAAUCAAAAGGUGGAUCACCAGGGACAGAAUCGCCUAAAGGAAUAUCAUCGUUUGAGGAGUCAGGGUCAGAAUCGCCAGUUGAACGUGAAGCCUUAGUCGAUAAAAAGACGCCUAAACCUGGACCAAGAAAAUCAAAAAGUGGAUCACCAGGGGCGCAAACGCCACCUUCAAGAAAAAUGUCAAUAUCCGGAUCAGGAAAAUCAAAUUAUUCUGAUGAGUGUCCACCUACGCCACCAGUGGCACAAACGCCAACUGAAACAAAAACACCGAAAUCUGGAACAGGAAAAUCAAAGUAUAUCGAUGAGUGUCUACCUCAACCACCAGGUACACAAACGUCAACUCCAACAAAGACGCCAACUUCAGCAAAAACACCAACUCCAACAAGGACGCCAACUUCAGCAAAAACACCAACUCCAACAAAGACCCCAACAUCAGCAAAAACACCAACUCCAACAAAGACGCCAACAUCAGCAAAAACACCAACUCCAACAAAGACGCCAACAUCAGCAAAAACACCAACUCCAACAAAAACACCAACUUCAGCAAAAACGCCAACUCCAAUAAAAACGCCGAAAUCUGGACCAGGAAAAUCAAAGUACGAUGAAGGGGUUAUAUCACCAGGGAUACAAACUCCACCUAAGCAUGAUGCCGCACCUGAUAGUGAUAAAAAACUGAAGAGAUCCGUGUCAGGAAAAACAUGCUGUUCACCGGUUUGUCCGGCGACACGGGCUCAAUCGAAGCAUGGGAUUAAAAAACCAACAAAACCAACAAAACCAGUAAAACCAACAAAACCAACAGCGAACCAAGGAACAAAUGCUAAGCCUGACACUAAAUGUGGGGGGUGUCAGGUGGAAGGCUCCUGUCACUUCUGCAGUAAGAACGCAGUUGUUCGCUUUGAAAAAUUACCUAGAUGCGCCCUUUCAAUUAAUACUGCCGUUGGAUCGUCAUCUGUACGGAAUUUGCGUGACGAAGGAAUUCAAGGCUGUACACAGGAGACAUGCACUUGUGCAACUCAACACGAAUUGCCAUUCGGUAAAAAGGCAGCAACUACAAUCACCCCUUUCGUUGUCAGCUCCUUUACCCUAGACGACGAGUAUCUUGGAACUAAGAAGAAUCAACACAGACGUAUGGCCCACAAAGGUACCUACUUUUCGAAACAUCGAAGGAAGAAGAGCAAAGAUGAGAAAUCGGGAGUGUCCAAACGGGAUCAAAAACUUUCCCUAGAAAGUAGCUUAUUUUUUUUAAAUCGCAGCUCGCACGCGACAAGAGAAUUGACUGAUGUUUUUACAGACACAGUGUCUGACUCUUCUAUCAGUUCCAUAUCAAUCAGAAGUGAUGAAAAGACUGACACAACAGUAUGCAGCCUAGCCACCGUCGACUAUGAAGACAAUCCAAGACUCAGAAAAUUUCGUGUAAAAGUCGUCACAAAAACCAAUCAAUCCACCAUUACAGACAAAACUAGACUCUGUGACACAGGCACAGUGACACAAGAUUGGUGGAGUCCAUUAGUAGAAAGAAAGAGUGAAGAAAUUAUUCUAGAGAAGAAGAAAGGGUAUAUGAUUGAGAAGCAGAAGAGAGAUAAGCGGGAUUUGAAGCAGUGGAGGGAGUUGAAGGAGUUGAGGGAUAUUCAGAAGAGGAGGAGAACCUGUGGAGUGACGACCGACGGUAGGAUCGUUACUUUUAGGAGUAGGACGCAGAUUAUACCUACGGGUUUUGUACCUGGCGUCAAUGAUAUCAUGUCUCCAUCUCGUUAUCUCCUUGAAUCUCAAAGGUACUACAAUGAGCUCUUUGCCUACAACUUCCUUCCUGCUCAAAUGGAGUUCAACUGCGUCUCUCAAAUCCCAAGGUAUCAGGAAAAGGAGAAGUUGCGAUCUCCCUUGGGUACAAGAAGAAAUCACCAUCGCAAAACAAAAAGGCUGGAAGAUUGCUACUCUCCAAGAAGACAAAUAUCUCCAAGGAAAUGGUUCCCGGAACCAGAAUCUCCUCGUAGAAGACACACUCCUAGACAUACAAACCAUCGACAUUAUUCAAAAUAUUACUCACCGAGAAAAUACAAAUAA